UUGAUUGGUCCAUCGAGCACAGGUCCACCCGACGUGUUUGCACUGGCUGAACGACUUUUCUUGCUCUUCGCGUUGCACAAGGUGGUGUUUAGCCAGGAAACAGUGUAGGACAAGCCCACCCUGUCAUAAAGACUACGUUUUAAAGGAUUGGUUAAUGCCACUUGUCGCUAACACCUCUUUAAAAAUCUAAGAAUCAUCUACCGAUUGGUAAAAGCUAAAAAAAUAUGGUGAAACAUCUGCGUGCAUUGACAUUUUGCCUCAUUGCUGUCACCUGUGUGAGUCUCAUCUGGAUAUCAAGAAAUAUUAAUCGGGGUCGGAGCUCUUUACACCUUGAGCAGCCCGAACCGAUUUCAAUAUUUAGAAAAUUUGUAAAUUAUCCCUGUGUCAGCAACAGUGCUCAAGGUAACAUCAGCAUGACUUAUUUUGUGCCGCAGUCCGUUGUUUUGAAUCCAGAUGUUCCACUCUGGCAAAGACACCAGACAAGUCAGGGUAUCCUGGGGUACCCAGUCCCCCUCAAUACAUCACAACAUGGAGACAAUAACAAGACAUAUGAGGAAGUGCAAACACCCGACCACUGGCCAAAGUUCUCCAAGAAUUACUACAAGAACAAGAUUCCAGAGAGCCCCUUUCAUCCCAAUCACAGCAUCCGGUGGCCGUUUGAUUCCAGUCAACUACUCAAACGACCUGAUGUUAUGAGUCAGCCUCCAAAAAUCAUCACAUGGGUCAAGAAGCCCCGCCAUAUUCCAGAUCUUCCGGAACCUGUGCGCCUGCGCGUGUGUCCGGAAAUGCCCUGUCGUGUGACCUCUAACACGCUAUUUCAGGAACAAAGCUCGGCCCUCUUGUGGUCUGUGGAACACAUGUCGGAAAAAGAGCCACCACCGAGAUCGUUUCCCGAUCAGGUGUUUGUGUUUCACAAUCUCGAGCCCCCAAGGAACAGCUGGGUAUGUUCCUCCACGUAUCGUCUGGACUCCUGGAAGUCAGCCUUUAACUGGACCAUGAACUACAGGUUUGACGCCGACAUUCUCAGUCUCCAUGGCCUGGUGGUCAAGCGAAGACGUCCAGUCAAGCGGAACUACACGGACAUCCUGGCCAGGAAGACCAAAUUCGCUGCCUGGGCUGUCAGCAGUGUUAUAGAUCAAAGCAGACGGAAAGAGUUCGCCGCCAUGCUGCAGAAGUACAUCCCCAUCGACAUCUUCGGGGAAAGCUCUGCUCACAGAUGUCCUCGAAACCAAGACGACGCCUGUUUUCAGACAUUCAGCAGGGACUACAAGUUCUACCUGGCUUUUGAAAACUCCUUGUGUAAGGACUACAUAUCCGAGAAAUUCUUCCGCUAUCUGAACUUAGACACGGUGCUGGUUGCACGAGGUAGCAACGAAUACAAGUUCCACGCGCCGCCAGGCAUCUUCAUCAACACGGCGGACUUCGCAACAGUCAAAGACCUCGCCGACUACCUUCUGUACCUCGACAAACACCCUGAAGAGUACAUCAAGAUCCUCAAAGCCAAGGACGAGUACGAGGUUCUGUUCGAGGACUACCCGUUGCGUUAUGGUGACGGGCGAGUGUUCUUCAUGCAUUACCAGUACGAGGCCACAGCUUUCUGUGAGAUGUGUCGCCGCCUGUGGAACCUGGACUCCUACAGACAGACCAUUCCAGAUGCAGGAAAGUGGUUUGAUAAAGAGCUGUGCUACGAAGCCACAGAUUUACAAUAGUAGUGUAGUUUAGCAAACUCAAACGAAUUCUGUUACCGUUAUUCCUGUGAUCUCUUUCCUUUAAGGCCAAAUACAACCAUUAUUUGUCAACAAAACCUUUUACACAGCAAUAAGAAUCGUGAGAACUACGACUAGUGACAUAAGACUUUUAGCAUUUUUGUUUGUAUUUAUCCUUGUACACUAACCUUUUGUGAACAAUAAAUAUUUUUAUUACUGUAGAACAUUUUUUCAUUUCCAUUAUAUUCAGGCCCAAC